AUGUUGGCAAUGAUAAAUCGUGUUUUGGAUUGGAUCCGAAGUUUAUUCUGGAAAGAAGAGAUGGAAUUAACACUUGUUGGGUUGCAGAAUUCAGGAAAAACUACAUUUGUUAAUGUUAUUGCGACUGGUCAGUUCACUGAAGAUAUGAUUCCAACGGUCGGAUUCAAUAUGCGCAAAAUUACAAAGGGAAACGUCACAAUUAAGUUAUGGGAUAUUGGUGGACAACCACGGUUUCGUUCUAUGUGGGAAAGGUAUUGUCGAGGUGUCAAUGCGAUCAUUUUUAUGGUUGAUGCUGCUGAUGAAGAUAAACUGGAGGCUUCAAGAAAUGAAUUAAGCCAACUUUUAGAUAAGCCACAGCUUGAUUCCAUCCCUGUGCUUGUAUUAGCAAACAAAAAAGACCUUCCCGGUGCCCUUGAUGAGCGGCAACUUAUUGAACGGAUGAAUUUAUCAGCAAUCCAAAACAGGGAAAUCUGUUGCUACUCGAUAUCUUGUAAGGAAAAGGAUAACAUAGAUAUAACGUUGCAGUGGUUAAUUCAGCAUUCUAAAAAUGAAAGAUAA